CACUAAAAUUUUUUGAUCUUCACAGAACUGAACUUUUCAACAAACAUUUGUUUCUGGAUGCAGAAAGACAUAUACAAAUUCAAUGGAAAAAACAUAGCCACCCUUUUAUCACUUUCCAGCUCUACUCUGUGAUAGAAUAGAAUUAUAUCCCUCAGAUAAUUGACCGGAUAUCGGGUGACAAAAACACAGCUAUUGUUAUCACCCUUGACCAGCACUUUCGACCCUUCCCCAUUGACAUUUUCAUUCACAGAGUCAUCAAUAUUCAAAAAGCUACUGAACGACUGCUCCUAAGAAACCCAGCCACUAAAGUGAUCCUUAAGAUGGAAAACAUUAGGGAGAUGCACAUAGAUACAGAGAGGUUUGAAGACUUCCAUGGUUAUAUUCAUCUUAUCAUGAAGGACAUUUUCAAUGUUCUCAAUGUAGGUGUCAUUGAUGCCUGGGACAUGACCAUUGCAUAUGGCACCAAUAAUGUCCAUCCACCUGAUCAUGUGAUUGGAAAUCAGAUUAAACUGUUCUUCAACUACAUUUGCAAAAACCUAAAUAUAGAAAAUCCCUAG